AAUAAAGGUUCCUGUGUCUUUGAUGAACAAAGCUUCUGGAAACUGGAGAGCUUGUCGCUACUGAAGUGGAGAUUCCUGGCUCAGAAUAAGUCACGAUUCAAAUCUAAACAUAUCUCCAUUGUUUCUCCCCCAGAUACGUGAGGUCUCGUACGAAACACGACAUCGACAUGCGGAUCGGGAUCCACUCGGGCUCGGUGCUGUGCGGCGUGCUGGGCCUCAGGAAGUGGCAGUUUGACGUCUGGUCCUGGGACGUAGACAUCGCCAACAAGCUGGAGUCUGGAGGAAUCCCCGGGAGGAUCCACAUCUCCAAAGCGGCUCUGGACUGUCUGAACGGAGACUACGAGGUGGAGGAGGGCCACGGGAAGGACCGCAACGACUUCCUGCGCCGCCACAACAUCGAGACGUUCCUCAUCAAGCAGCCGGAGGAGAGCACGCUCAGCCUGCCGGAGGACAUCAUGAAGGAGGCGUCGAGCUCCUCGGACCGCAGGGCGAGCAGCACCACCUUCAACGAGGCGUCCUGGAGCCCCGAGCUGCCCUUCGACAACAUCGUGGGGAAGCAGAACUAUAUCCUAAAGCUUGUUAGAAUAUCGUCUGACCAGAACAGCUUCAUUUACUGA